AUGGUGUAUCCAUUGUCCAACGUGACGUUGUCCAAAGAACAACUGAUCAGUAAUUUGCGCUCAGGCCUCGAGAAUGUAUUGACAAAUGUCCCACUUGUGGGCAGUGUGCUUCAUGAGACCGCGGAGGGAGGGAUUUGCGCUCUUCGCAAAAAUCASGAGCCGAUUCAACUUUAUGUACACCAUCUUGAUCUAGACCUGAGUUUGCCUUCCUAUCAGUAUUUAGAGGAGCACAACUUUGAUCCAGGCUUCUUCAACGACAAGGGAUAUCUCUUGACACCCGAGGAUAUUAAUGUUGGCGGCUUCCGUCGCGAUGAAGGCUGCCCCGUAGCUCUUUUCCAGGCCAAUUUCAUCCGAGGCGGCAUAAUCUUGGCAUUAUCCUUCCAUCACAUGUGUGGAGAUGCCAAAAGUAUCGACAAUAUCUAUGUUUACUGGGCUGCUAGCACCAGGGCAGCUGUGGAGGGAAAGCCCCUGCCCGUCUGGGAACCCAGUCUGGAUCGGACGUAUUUCAAUGCAGCAUACACCCCGGGUGCUGCAGAGACCGAGAAAUUGAAGAAGAACAUUCGCGGAUUUACAUAUCAUCCCAUCAGCAAAGACGAUUCUGGCAAGCUUAUCAACCCUCCCGAACGACCACCAACCAGCAACAAAAUUUAUCGCAUUUCUGCCGUGUCAUGCGCCAAGCUUAAGGAAAUGUGCAAGCCAACCGAAGCUGGAAAGUUUGUUUCGAGCUAUGAUUGCGUUUCAGCUCUGACUUGGCGAUGCAUCACUCGCUCACGAGUCCCCUUCUUGGGCAUUGACGUCGAGAAGACAGAGUCAAGUUUCUCCCACGCCGUAGAUGUCCGAGGCAAGUGGGCAGGACAGGUCUCUCCAGACUACGUGGGGAACGGAUUUCUUGUGACACUCUCGGACUCGAUCCCUUUGAAAGAACUUAUCCAAAGCUCCAAUUUGGCUCGUAUCGCAGAGACGAUUCGUCAUUGUACAACAUUAAUCAAUGAAAACUCGAUCCCAGACCUGGUCAAGGUACGCCAGGGUAUUGAAGGCAAAGAAGAGAUGCGCUGGAUCUGGCACCCGCAAAACGUUGUGGGCACUAGCUGGACUGGAAUGAGAGCCUAUACCGAAUAUGAUUUUGGAUUCGGCUUGCCCGUGACUAUUAGGCUCCCACUACCGGCGUUUGAAGGCGUCUUUGGGGUAAUGCCAGCGACCAGGAUCGAUGGUAAGAUUGAUGGGCUUGAAGUAUAUGUUGUGCAGGAGAAUGGCUGUCAUGAGCGCUUAGCCGCAGAUAAAGAGUAUCGCAAAUUCGCCGAUCUCCUCGGCUGA